AUGUCUCGCAGGGAUGUAGAGGAGCUUAUUAAGCGGCUCCAGGAUGUCGCAAAGGACUCACCCGACGCCAGCACGGUCACUUUGGAUCGGUCCCUGCUCGAGGAAGCGGUGUCCAACCUGGGUCGACUGGAGCAGGCGCUGGACAACCGACCUUCGCUCAUUAAGAAGCUCAAUGAGAAAAUCAUCAAGCUUGAGGGCGAGUUGGAGAUCUUGCGAAAUGAAACCCGAGUCAACGAGCUGGAGAAGAAGAUCCAGCGGUUGGAGGCGGAGCUGCAGCGGUCGUACGCCACCAAGAACUUCACCCUCAAAAACGGGUUGCUGGAGAUUGAAAAAGCUUACCGGGACUUUAUCAGCGCCUCACCUGCCGUACAGAGCUUGUGGGACGAGAUCACACUUCUGCUGGUUGAGGACAAGGAAUCGCUACCCCAGCACGUUCUGCAGCGCCGCAAUACACAAGUUUGGAAGGGACAUGGGGACUCUGAGACACCGCCGGCGACCACCACCACGGAUACGCCUCAAGGCGCUCAUGCUGCCGCAGUGGGCAGCGGCGGCCCCGGCCUCCAGAGCACAUUGUCGUUUGUGCAGCGACAGGUGGAUAAGUUUAAGGAUUACACCUUCACCCCGGGCACUCACGACCCACACGACCCCACCCACCCCGCCAACAUGACCUCCGGGUACGGCUUCCACCACCCGUCGUACUUCCCCGGUACGGCGUCGUACGGCGGCGCGCCCGACGCGCGCGCCGGCGAGGUGGUAGACGACCGACCCGCGGUUCUGGAGGACCGACGGCUGACGCAGCUGCGCGAGCAGUACAACAGUGACUCAUCGGGCGGCGGCGGCGGUGGCGGUGCUGUACCGGUUCUGGAGCCCCAUUGGGGUUCGAUAGUUCCGGCGCCGUCACCGUUGCGGCCUGUGUCGCUGUUCAGCGCCGGCGGGGAUGCCAAAGCCCCUGACGCCUCAGCCCUGGAGGCAUGUCGCGACGAGCUGAACGCCUCCCUGGAGCAUUUGCGAACCCUUUUUGCGCAGUACGACUGGGCGCCGACGCCGCUGCCAACGGCGGCGGCGGCAGGGUCCCCUGCCCAGCAGCACCAGCAGCAGCGUGUUGUGGAGGCGGGGGAGGGGGAGGGGGCAGGGGCAUUGAGAGGCAGUGGCGGGGCAGCUGGGGGCGGUCUCGUUGCCCCGGAUGCUAGCUACUUCGACUCUCAAGCCGAGGUCAUCCUCGCCACAGUGCAACACCUGCGACGGCAAUUCCAGGAAGCGGCGGCGGCCGCGGCCGCCGAAGCGGCGGCGGCGACUGCCGCCGCCGCCGCCGGUACCGGCGGUCCCAGCGGCGGCAGCAGCGACCGCGGCGGCGGAGACGGUGGAGCCGCCGCCGCUGCUCUCGUUCCCGAUGCACGCUAUUUCGAAACCCAGGCCGAUGCUAUCGCCGCCUCCGUCAACGAAUUACUGCAGCUGUUCGAGCAGUCAUCCGCAGCGACGGCAGCCGACGCCGCUGGCAGCGGCACCGGGCAGGGAGGCUCCUGGGGCCCGGCGGCAGCUGCCGCCACAGCAGCUGCCGCCGGGGGUGACCAGACUGCAGCGACUCCUCCCGACGCGCGCGCGGGCGAGGCCUUGGACGAGGAGUUCGAUGCGUCCGUAAAGCCGUUGGUUGACCUGUUUUCGUCAUUUAUGUCGCAUUUGGAAAUGUCCCAUGGGUCACAUGGUGCUAGGGGGCCCUGGCCCCUGUCAUGGCCUGGGGUUCCAAUGGAUGGCUCGGCAGCGGCGGCGGUGGGGGAGGAAGCUGGCGACGGCGGCGGCAUGCGGCCACCUGCGGACGGCGCGGAGGUGGCGUCACCGGCGCCCUCGGAGGCGGCGGACCUCGUCCGACUGUUUGCCAAGUACGCGCGGGCAUGGCCGACGGCGGGGGCUGCCGCAGCGGCGCUCCGGACGCCGCCGAGUGCGGCCACCGCCGCCGCCGCAGCAGCAGCAGCAGCAGGCGCUGACGGCUCGUCGCCAUCUCGGGUGGGCAGCAUGACCGCUUUUUCGGACGCACGGACACCAAACGACGAGCUUCCGUUAGUGUACGGCAAUGGUAGCGGCAGCGGCGGAUCCGCCACGGCAGCAGCGGGCGCGGUGCCCGUGCCUGCGCUUCGGUUCUGCAUUACCGUAAAUGCCACCGACGCCGUUGCUGGCGCUGGCACCGCCGCCGCCGCCGCCGCGUUAACGGCGCACGUGUCACCAGCACUUUCCUCUGCCAGCGUCACAGGCCGUCAAUUGAUGAGUCAGCGAACGCCUGGCCUUGACAGCGCUGCCGUUGCCACUGACGCAGACGGCGGUACGGACGUGUACGCCGAAGGCGCGACGCCAACGGCAGCGGCGGCGACGCCGCUGGAGUUGCUUCUCGGCUCCCUGGAGUCCCGGCACAGCCGUCGCCUGUCCAGCAGCCCUGAGGCCGUGGCGGUGUGGCGCGACUUGUUGAGCCUGUUGGGAGUGGACCCCAGUACCCGGCCGUUAGCGGCCCACGGGUCUUCGCUAUCAACGCCUUCACAGAGGCGCAGCGCGUCCGGCACGCUUACGCCCACCCGUACACCCACUCCCGCGCCCGCCCGCGAAACGACCCCUGUGGGUCGUUCGCAGCUACAACCGAUCGUCUCCGUCGACGCUGACGCCAACCUGGGUGGUGGUAUCGGCAGCGGAGGCGGCGACGGCGGCGGCAACCCCGAAACGGUGCCCGCGGGAACUGUAGCGGAAGCCGUCGCCGCCGCCGCUGCUACUGCUGCUACUGCCUCGAACUCAUCGCCCAGGCGCGAGGAGGUUGUCGGGAGCCGUCAGCCUGGCGGCAGUGACGCGACGGGUGCGGGUUCGGGUGCUCCCGGGGUUAGCUCUCAGAUCCAGAUCCAGGACCGAGCUAAUGGCCUCCAGGCAAGUGGCUCGCGCGCUCACGUUGGUGGAGACGCGGCUGCCGCCGCCCGCACCCCGGGUGCUGCUGCGGCCGACGUCACGUCGGGGACGUCACGUCUUUCGACCGCAACGCGUGACGGCGACGCCAGCGAUGAUUCCGACGGUGUAGAGGACGCUGAGGCGACGGAGGAAGAAGAGGAAGGGGGAGAAGGGACGGAGACGGCGGAUGGGCGGAGGCGGAGACGGCGGCGGAGGCGGCGGCGGAGGCCGGCCGCACAACUUUCGGACGUCUUGAAAGACGGCGCCGGUGAAAGCGGCUUACAAAGCGCCGGCGAGGAUAGCCAGAACCGGGAAGCCGCGGGCGCUGCGGCCGAGGCGUCGGCGUUGCUCGGUACGGCAACGCACAGACUACAUGAAGGCGCCGCCGCCGCUACAACUGCUGGCGGAGAAGCGCCAAUACGAGAACCUUCAGCUGCCGAGGCGGUGGCGGCGGAGCAGCUCCAGGGGGGUUCAGGGUCCAAAGGUGAUCUGGGAAAGCAACAUGGCGGCGAAGAGCCGUCGGGUGAUUCUGAGGAGGGGGGAAAAGACACUGCCGAUGGCGACGAUGUUGAUGCCGCGGUGGCGGCGGCGGCGGCGACGAUGCCGGCGGCGAAGAGUCCGCCACCGGAAGGCCUGGCGGAGGUGGAGGGGGUUCCGGUCCCACCUCCUGGCCUGGUGGCCGGCGGCGUGCGGUUCCAGAUCACGCUUUCUGAGAUGACGUCCGCGGCGGCGGCGGAGGGUGAAGGGGAGGGGCAGCAGCAGCAGCAGCAUCAGGAAGAGGAGGUUCAGCCGCUGGUGCAGUUCCGUGCCAAUGUGAAUGGGACGGACCUACAGAAGUUGGCGGCAACUGAGGCGGAGCUGGCGGAGCUGCGGCAGGUUCGCCACAGUCUGUCCGAGCAGCUGGGCGCCACUCAGGACCUUGUACGGCACCUGAACCGGCAUCUGAAAAUGACUUUGGAGAGCCGCGACGACCUGGCGGCGAGGAUUGAGAUGAUGGCCGAUGAGUUGUCCACCACACGGGCGGAGGCGACCGAGGCUCGCCGCGAGAGCGACAUGUUCAUGCGGGAGCUCGUUGAGGCGAAGGUGCAGCUGGCUGAGGUCCAAGGCGAGUACAUGCAGGUGUACCUAGCACUGAAGAAGGCGCUGGGCAACGAAAAGGACAUGAUUGCAAAGAUUGAUGAGCUGGAACGGAUACUGGCAGUUGUGGGACCGGGUGAUGUGUCCGUUGACGAUGAGUACGGCAGUACUGUUGGCCAGGUAUCGGCCAUGGUAACGCCGCGGGAGGACUACCUAGGUGGGCUGGAGGCGGCUGGGGGACCGCAGGAACAAGUGGGGCCAACCUUGAGCCCCGGCACGAGUUCGAGCCUGGGGACGGGGACCCGCAUGGUGUCGGGGCCCGGUGAGGAGCAGGGGGCGGGGGGAGUGCUGAGCAGGUUCAUGAGCGGAAGGAAGUCGUUUGGGGAUGGUAGGGCCGAGGCGCUUGCGCCAGGGGGGACGUUCAGCGUCAGGCGGUCGUCCUUUGGGAGUAAUGUGUCAGGGGGGGGGACCGGCUUGAAGUGA